AUGGCGGCAAGUAUGACUGGGCGAUCAUGUACAAGUCUUGUUUGGACAGAUGAUGAAGUGGAACUGCUGCUUCGAGUUACACUUGAUUAUAAAGUCAAAAGACUACAAGAAAGUGUCGAUUGGGAGACUUGUCAUUCAAAAUACAGCGAUAUAAUGUCGGCUUUCCAGGAGCAAUAUCCACGUGACUCUACAGACCGUGACUUUCCUCAUGACUCCACAGCAAUUACAAAAGCACAACUGACCGCAAAGAUAAAAAAUAUCAGGGGAAAAUACAGAGCAGCGGUGGACAGUGGACGAAAGAGUGGCUUUGGGCGUGUGGUGCUCUUGUUUUUCGAACUCUGUGAGGAGAUCUGGGGUGGAUCGCCUGCUACGCGCUCGAUUGAAUCUGGAGUCGAGACGGCGGACCUGGACGAGACUUCCACGCAGAUGUCGGAGACUUCGGAUCAGCCCGCUGACUCGCCGCAAUCUGCAGUCUCAGCCGAAAGUGUGCUGCCUUCUCCAGUAAUCAAGCAGCGCAGACAGAUGCUGCAGGCCAAGCUGAAUAGCCACAGAGGGGACAGGCUGAAGAGGAGGACUCCUACAGAGACCGCAGAGGAAGAUAUUCAGAUUAAAAGAAGAAUGCUUGAGCUGAUGGAGCAGACAUCAAGGCGCAAUCAGGAGAACAUACAACAAAUUAACACAAACAUAGCCAACAUCACCAACACCAUACAAGAUGGAUUUUCGUUACUGAGGGAGCUGUUACUCCAGCCUCCACCUGCACGUCACUACAAUACCAACACUGCUUAUGGACACUUCCAAGGACACCAACAGUCACACUUGUACCCAAAUCCACCAUCCAAUUCAACAGUGUCACACACCAAGUCCAGCACUCCACUCAGGAAGAUAUACACCAACACCCCCACAAUCACAGGAACCGUCACAACAUAA